AUGGUUAAUUUUUCUUAUGAAGAACAAACUGAUAUGGUUCAAAUAUUUUAUGAGUGUAAAAAAAAUAGUAGACAUUCUGUGGCAGCAUAUAGGGAACAGUACCCAGAUAGACGUAAACCAUCACAUAUGACGUUUAAAAGUAUACUAUGGACUGAUGAAUCAAAAUUCAUGACAAAUGGAAUCUUGAAUCGUCAUAAUGCUCAUUACUGGACUGAUGAAAAUCCUCAUUGGAUGAGAGAAUCUAAAUUUCAAACCUUUCAUGGAGUAAAUGUUUGGUGUGGGAUUAUUGGCGAUCAAUUAAUAGGUCCAUAUUUUUACAGUGGAACACUAACUGCUCAAAAAUAUCUCGAGUUUCUUCAGAAUACACUUCCGAUACUACUAGAAAAUGUACUACUAGCAACUCGUCAACAUUUAUAUUUCCAACAAGAUGGUUGUCCUGCACACAAUGCUUAUUUGAUUCGACAUUAUUUAAAUGAAAUGUUUCCUGGAAAAUGGAUUGGUACCCAUAGCUCUAUACCUUGGCCGCUUAGAAGUCCAGAUCUAACAUGUUUAGAUUAUUUUUUAUGGGGAUAUUUAAAAAAUAAGGUAUAUUUAACUUCACCAAGAGACAUUAUGGAACUUAAGGAGAGAAUUAUAACUGAAUGCAAGAAUAUUCCACCAGAAGUAAUAAAAGAAGCCA